CUUCGCGCUCCCCCGUCUCGCUCCCUCUCGCUCCCUCUCGCUCCCUCUCACUCUCUCUCCCCUCACACACACACACGCGCAGAGGUACCGGAGCGAAAUCGGGAGCUUACCGGAGAAUUCCUCGGGAUCGUCGGAGUCUGGGGGCGGGGGGCGGGGGGAACCUCUCCUCCGUUGCUGGCGUGACUCGUCCCUACACCUCCCCGCUUCCCCAAGCCCCAGUCCUCGCCUUCAGCCAGUCUUGGGGGGGCAGCGGUCACCGUUCCACCUCGGCCCAGGGACCCGCAAUGUGAGGAGGGGCCGCUGCCGUCUCCCUCCCCAGGCCGCAGGGUCGGCUCGAGGGAUGCCAGCCCGGCGGGCGCGGACGGCGGGCUGAGUGGCUUCGCCUGAGGAACUGAGUUGGCCUCGCGCCGCCGGCGUCUGCUCGCCCCUCCCGCGUCUGCCGCUCGGAGGGGACACUCAAGUCUGCGCACCUCUGUCGGGCUCUUUCCUCCGUCACCCCUCUCCCUCCGCUUCCCGAAUUUCUGAUCUUUCUGAAGGAGCGUGCGGUCUGGGGGCGCGCGCGCGCGUGUGCCAAAGACGCCUCUCGUGGAGCGGUGUGUGGGAAACUGCAGGAAAAUGUUGACCUAACCCCAGGAGCCGCCCGGCGCUGGCUGCUCGGCUGGAGGAGGAGGCGGCGGCGGCGGCCAAGCAGGAGGACGAGCCGAGCCGCGGCGCUGUGUCCGGCCGGCGAGUCGCGGCGCUGCCUCCCGCGCGGACUCGGCGGCCGGCCUCGGCCCUCGCCGGCCCGGGUGGCCGCAGCCCUCUGCGCCUCUCCCCGCGCGGCCCCUGCGCCAGACGGCCCGCCUCCGGGGCGCGCUCGCAGACCGAGAGGCGUACAUUAACGGACACGGUUGGUCCAUUCAUUUUCCUUGGCAAUGUUUGUGUCUGGAACGGGCCCCACCGAGUUUGCUCUUUGCUCAACUCAAGAGUUACACACUGAGGAAAAGUCACAUCCGUUUGAUAUGAGGAUCAAUGAUGCAGACUGCUGGGUUCGAUGAAGCUGGGCAUUUAUAACUAGAUUCAUUAAGGAAUACAAAGAAAAUAUUUAAAGGGAUCAAUAAUGGUGUCUUCUGGUUGCAGAAUGCGAAGUCUGUGGUUUAUCAUUGUAAUCAGCUUCUUACCGAAUACAGAAGGUUUCAGCAGAGCAGCUUUACCGUUUGGGCUAGUUCGUCGAGAAUUAUCCUGUGAAGGUUAUUCUAUAGAUCUGCGAUGUCCAGGCAGUGAUGUUAUCAUGAUUGAGAGUGCUAAUUAUGGUCGGACAGACGACAAGAUUUGUGAUGCUGACCCAUUUCAGAUGGAGAAUACAGACUGCUACCUCCCAGAUGCCUUCAAAAUUAUGACUCAAAGGUGCAACAAUCGAACACAGUGUAUAGUAGUUACUGGGUCAGAUGUAUUUCCUGAUCCAUGUCCCGGAACAUACAAAUAUCUUGAGGUCCAGUAUGAAUGUGUCCCUUACAUUUUUGUGUGCCCUGGGACCCUGAAAGCAAUUGUGGACUCACCAUGUAUAUAUGAAGCUGAACAAAAGGCAGGUGCUUGGUGCAAGGACCCUCUUCAGGCUGCAGAUAAAAUUUAUUUCAUGCCCUGGACUCCCUAUCGUACUGAUACUUUAAUAGAAUAUGCAUCUUUAGAAGAUUUCCAAAACAGUCGCCAAACGACAACCUAUAAACUUCCAAAUCGAGUAGAUGGUACUGGAUUUGUGGUAUAUGAUGGUGCUGUCUUCUUUAACAAAGAAAGAACAAGGAAUAUUGUGAAAUUUGACUUGAGGACUAGAAUUAAGAGUGGAGAGGCCAUAAUUAACUAUGCUAACUAUCAUGAUACUUCACCAUAUAGAUGGGGAGGAAAAACUGAUAUUGACCUAGCAGUUGAUGAAAAUGGCUUAUGGGUCAUUUAUGCCACUGAGCAGAACAAUGGAAUGAUAGUUAUUAGCCAACUGAAUCCAUACACUCUUCGAUUUGAAGCAACGUGGGAGACUGUGUAUGACAAACGAGCUGCCUCAAAUGCUUUUAUGAUCUGUGGAGUCCUUUAUGUGGUCAGGUCAGUUUAUCAAGACAAUGAGAGUGAAACAGGCAAGAAUGCAAUUGAUUAUAUUUACAAUACCCGAUUAAACCGAGGAGAAUAUGUAGAUGUUCCCUUCCCCAACCAGUACCAGUAUAUUGCUGCAGUGGAUUACAAUCCAAGAGAUAACCAACUCUAUGUGUGGAACAAUAACUUCAUUUUACGAUAUUCUCUGGAGUUUGGUCCACCUGAUCCUGCCCAAGUGCCUACCACAGCUGUGACAAUAACUUCUUCAGCUGAGAUGUUCAAAACCACAGUAUCAACCACAAGCACUACUUCACAGAAAGGCCCCAUGAGCACAACUGUAGCUGGAUCGCAGGAAGGAAGCAAGGGGACAAAAGCACCUCCAGCAGUUUCUACAACCAAAAUUCCUCCUGUAACAAAUAUUUUUCCCCUGCCAGAGAGAUUCUGCGAAGCAUUAGACGCGAGGGGGAUAAGGUGGCCUCAGACACAAAGGGGAAUGAUGGUUGAACGACCAUGUCCCAAGGGAACGAGAGGAACUGCCUCAUAUCUCUGCGUGCUUUCCACUGGAACAUGGAACCCUAAGGGCCCCGAUCUUAGCAACUGUACCUCACACUGGGUAAAUCAGCUGGCUCAGAAGAUCAGAAGUGGAGAAAAUGCUGCCAGCCUUGCCAAUGAACUGGCUAAGCAUACCAAAGGUCCAGUGUUUGCUGGUGAUGUGAGUUCUUCAGUGAGACUGAUGGAGCAAUUGGUGGACAUUCUUGAUGCACAGCUGCAGGAGCUGAAACCAAGUGAGAAGGAUUCAGCUGGACGGAGUUAUAACAAGGCAAUUGUUGAUACAGUGGACAAUCUUCUGAGACCUGAAGCUUUGGAAUCAUGGAAACAUAUGAAUUCUUCUGAACAAGCACAUACUGCAACGAUGUUGCUGGAUACAUUGGAAGAAGGAGCGUUUGUCCUGGCUGACAAUCUUGUAGAACCAACCAGGGUAUCAAUGCCCACAGAAAAUAUUGUUCUGGAAGUUGCAGUACUCAGUACAGAAGGACAGGUCCAAGACUUUAAAUUUCCUCUGGGCAUCAAAGGAGCAGGCAGCUCAAUCCAACUCUCUGCAAAUACGGUCAAACAGAACAGCAGGAAUGGUCUUGCAAAGUUGGUGUUCAUCAUUUACCGGAGUCUGGGACAGUUCCUUAGUACCGAAAAUGCAACCAUAAAACUGGGUGCUGACUUUAUUGGUCGAAAUAGCACCAUUGCAGUGAAUUCCCACGUCAUUUCAGUUUCAAUCAAUAAAGAAUCCAGCCGAGUAUACUUGACAGAUCCUGUGCUUUUUACCUUACCACACAUUGAUCCUGACAAUUAUUUCAAUGCAAACUGCUCCUUCUGGAACUACUCAGAGAGAACUAUGAUGGGAUAUUGGUCUACCCAGGGCUGCAAGCUGGUUGACACUAAUAAAACUCGUACGACGUGUGCAUGCAGCCACCUAACCAAUUUUGCAAUUCUCAUGGCCCAUAGGGAAAUUGCAUACAAAGAUGGAGUUCAUGAAUUACUCCUUACAGUCAUCACCUGGGUGGGAAUCGUCAUUUCCCUUGUUUGUCUGGCUAUCUGCAUCUUCACUUUCUGCUUUUUCCGUGGUCUGCAGAGUGACCGUAAUACUAUUCACAAGAACCUUUGUAUCAACCUUUUUAUUGCUGAAUUUAUUUUCCUAAUAGGCAUUGAUAAGACAAAAUACAUGAUUGCAUGCCCAAUAUUUGCAGGACUGUUACACUUUUUCUUUUUGGCUGCUUUUGCUUGGAUGUGUCUAGAGGGUGUUCAGCUCUAUCUAAUGUUGGUUGAAGUCUUUGAAAGUGAAUAUUCAAGAAAGAAAUACUACUAUGUUGCCGGUUACUUGUUUCCUGCCACAGUGGUUGGGGUUUCAGCUGCUAUUGACUAUAAGAGCUAUGGAACAGAAAAAGCUUGCUGGCUUCAUGUUGAUAACUAUUUUAUAUGGAGUUUCAUUGGACCUGUUACCUUCAUUAUUCUGCUAAAUAUUAUCUUUCUGGUGAUCACAUUAUGCAAAAUGGUGAAGCACUCGAACACAUUAAAACCAGAUUCUAGCAGGUUGGAAAACAUUAAGUCUUGGGUGCUUGGCGCGUUCGCUCUUCUAUGUCUUCUUGGCCUAACCUGGUCAUUUGGGUUGCUUUUUAUUAAUGAGGAGACUAUUGUGAUGGCAUAUCUCUUCACCAUCUUUAAUGCUUUCCAGGGAGUGUUCAUUUUCAUCUUUCACUGUGCUCUCCAAAAGAAAGUACGAAAAGAAUACGGCAAGUGCUUCAGACAUUCAUACUGCUGCGGUGGCCUCCCGACUGAGAGUCCCCACAGCUCGGUGAAGGCGUCCACCACCAGAACCAGUGCUCGCUAUUCCUCUGGCACACAGAGUCGUAUAAGAAGGAUGUGGAAUGACACUGUGAGAAAACAAUCUGAAUCUUCUUUUAUCUCAGGUGACAUCAAUAGCACUUCAACACUUAAUCAAGGAAUGACUGGCAAUUACCUACUAACAAACCCUCUUCUCCGGCCCCACGGCACUAACAACCCCUAUAACACAUUGCUCGCUGAAACAGUUGUGUGUAAUGCCCCUUCAGCUCCCGUGUUUAACUCACCAGGACAUUCACUGAACAAUGCCAGGGAUACAAGUGCCAUGGAUACUCUACCGCUAAAUGGUAAUUUUAACAACAGCUACUCACUGCGCAAGGGGGACUAUAACGACGGCGUGCAGGUUGUGGACUGUGGACUAAGUCUGAAUGACGCCGCUUUUGAGAAGAUGAUCAUUUCAGAAUUAGUGCACAACAACCUGCGGGGCGGCAGCAAGGCUCACAACCUCGAGCUCACGCUGCCAGUCAAGCCUGUGAUCGGAGGGAGCAGCAGCGAAGACGACGCUAUCGUGGCAGACGCCUCGUCUCUAAUGCACGGUGACAAUCCUGGGCUGGAGCUCCAUCACAAAGAGCUCGAGGCCCCGCUCAUCCCUCAGAGGACUCACUCCCUUCUGUACCAGCCCCAGAAGAAAGCAAAGCCCGAGGGGACUGACAGCUACGUGUCCCAGCUGACAGCCGAGGCCGAGGACCACCUCCAGUCCCCCAACAGAGACUCUCUGUACACAAGCAUGCCCAACCUUAGAGACUCUCCCUAUCAGGAGAGCAGCCCCGACAUGGAAGAAGACCUGUCUCCGUCCCGGAGGAGUGAGAACGAGGACAUCUACUAUAAGAGCAUGCCAAACCUUGGAGCUGGCCACCAGCUUCAGGUGUGCUACCAGAUCAGCAGGGGCAAUAGCGAUGGGUACAUAAUCCCCAUUAACAAAGAAGGGUGUAUUCCAGAAGGAGACGUCAGAGAAGGACAAAUGCAGCUGGUGACAAGUCUCUAAUAGUGCCACUAAGGAAUUCCAGAGGCCACACGCAAGUAGUGAAUGCAGACAGACUCCAUUGGCCCUAUGCAGCUCCCUGAAACUCUGCUUGAAGAGAUGGCCCUGUUGACCUGUGGUUCUCCAGUGUAAAAAAAAGAUGACUGAACCUUGCAGUUCUGUGAAUUUUUAUAAAACAUAAAAAAACUUUGUAUAUACAGAGUAUACUAAAAUGAAUUAUUUGUUACAAAGAAAAGAGAUGCCAACCAGGUAUUUUAAGAUUCUGCUGCUGUUUAGAGAAAUUGUGAAACAAACAAAUCAGAACUUUCCAGCCAUUUUACUGCAGCAGUUUGUGAACUAAAUUUGUAAAUAUGGCUGCACCAUUUUUGUAGGCCUGCAUUGUAUUAUAUACAAGACGUAGGCUUUAAAAUCCUGUGGGACAAAUUUACUGUACCUUACUGUUCCUGACAAGACUUGGAAAAGCAGGAGAGAUAUUCUGCAGCAGUUUGCAGUUGACUGCAAACCUUUUACAUUAAGGCAAAGAUUGAAAACAUGUUUAACCACUAGCAAUCAAGCCACAGGCCUUAUUUCAUAUGUUUCCUCAACUGUACAAUGAACUCUUCAAAAAUGGCUAAAGAAAUUAUAUUUUGUUCUAUUGCUAGGGUAAAAUAAAUACAUUUGUGUCCAACUGAAAUAGAAUUGUCAUUAAAAAUAAUUUUAAAGAGUUUGAAGAAAAUAUUGUGAAAAGCUCUUGGUUGCACAUAUGUUAUGAAAUGUUUUUUCUUACACUUUGUCAUGGUAAGUUCUACCCAUUUUCACUUAUUUUCCACUGUAUACAGUGUUCUGCUUUGACAUGUUAGUCCUUAUUCUUACAUUUAAAUUUCUUAUUGCCAAAAGAGCGUGUUUUAUGGGGGGAAAACUCUUUGAAGCCAGUUACGCCAUGCCUUGCACAAAUGUGGUGAAAUCUAGAAAAGGUUGUGUCACCCUGUUUGUUCUUGAACGGGGGGCAGCGAGGGCACUGGGCACUUCUCACAAACUUUCUAGUGAACAAAAGGUGCCUAUUCUUUUUUAAAAAAUGAAAUAAAACAUAAAUAUUACUCUUCCAUAUUCCUUCUGCCUAUAUUUAGUAAUUAAUUUAUUUUAUGAUAAAGUUCUAAUGAAAUGUAAAUUGUUUCAGCCAAAUUCUGCCUUUCUUUUCAUCCCUUUGUGUAAACCUGUUAAUAAUGAGCCCAUCACUAAUACCCAGUGUAAAGUUUAACACGGUUUGACAGUAAAUAAAUGUGAAUUUUUUCAAGUA